GUCAUAUCCCAACUUUCAAUAUCAUCACCUGAUAUGGCAUAUUUACCACUCACCAGAUGGUACUUGGCCAUAUAAUACUUUGCAUGCCCCUAACUUACGUACCUCUUUCUGAGUAAUAAUAACAUCAUCAAGCAAAAAUGCCGGAACAAAAGUCAAAACUCCUUGAAUCUCUCGAACAAGAUGGCUUCAUUCUCAUUCCCUCUCUUCUGAGUCAAGCAGAGAUUGAUUCUCUCCGCCUCGAAGCGAAAAGAACAGUCGACCUUGCUCGCUCUGGGUCAUGGCCAUACGUCCGAACACUUCCAAAGCAAUUUCCACCUUGGAAUGUAGGAGAAGGAGAGUCACCUGCGAAAGAUGGUAUUUGGGGUGUUCAAUCACUCAUGAAUCCCAAACUUGCAACCUCAUCAUCGUUUAUCAAGGUAUACUUCUCGAAUAAGAUGCUGGGUGUAGUGAAAGAACUUCUACAAUGCGAGGACGAAGAUUUAGUCAUGGAACUAUUUAAUUUAUUGAUUCGCCCCGAUCGCGACUUCGAGCUUCGUUGGCACCGAGAUGAUAUUCCAUCUACUGCCACGGCUGAAGAGGAACUCGCGAGACUAGCGGAGCCUGCAUGGCAUGCACAGUGGAACAUGGCAUUGUAUGAUGAUGCUUCUUUAAUUGUGGUUCCCAAGUCUCACAAGAGGGCGAGGACAGAUGCAGAGAGAGAAAUGAGUGAAUAUGAAACCGGAGUACAGGGCGAGAUCAGGGUAGAGAUGAGAGCGGGAGAUGUGGUGUUUUAUGAUAACAACAUUUUGCAUAGAGGAAAGUAUGAGAGUGGUAAGGAAAGGGCAACAUUACACGGGAGUGUAGGUCAUCGGAACGGUAAGGGAGUGAGAGCCAGGAAUGUACUGCAGCAUGGAUUGAGGGAGUGGGUUGGUGAUAUUGAUCUUAGUGUGCUGGACGAAGAAGAAAAAAAGAGAGCGGAGGGGAUGAGGAAGAGAUUAUUGGGAAUGGCUGAGGAAAGUGGUGAAGUGGGCUAUUCAUUGGAUGGAUGAGAUUGAAUAAUGGAUAGGAAUUGAUGACAGUAUACAGGCGACAGGCAUUUUGUGAUUAUCAUGCAUUGGAAGUCCAGAUACCUUGGAAAUCGGUUAUACUCAACUAUCUUGUGGCGAAAUCUUGAUGCUCUUGAGUGAAUUCGUUGUUGGCA